AUGCCCCAAGGCCUUUUCCAAUAGCCCAUGACUGAAAUUUAAACUGGCAAGGAAGUGAAGGCGAUAUUAUUUUGAGAAUUACAAGAGAGAAAGGAUGUUACAGUUCCCGGCGUUCAUGACGCAGUUCCCAUCGACUACGAGGACUAUUCCGACGUCGGUUUUGCUUCCAUCACAAUGGCCUCAACCCCAAAACGAAGAGCUCCUUCUCGCCAUGGAGGAAUCUAAUCUCGAAGAAAAGUUGAAUGAAAUCAGAGAUAAUAACAGAAACUUGGUUGUGAUUGGGAAGACUACUGCUGAUAUUGAUAAAGAAGAUGAUGAUAAUGAUGCAGAUGAUGACGAUGCUGACAAUGCAGAAGAAUCCGAAGGUGAGGAGUUCGAGCAAGAAACUGGUUGAAAAUAAAACUCUGCCUGGUCGUGUUGUUGAUAUGAGCGUUAAUGUUGAUAUGAGCGUUAAUGUUAUGUUCCCACAAAGCCUGUUUCGCACAUGUAUUUCUUGCAACAUGCUACAAUCAGAGCAAUUCCUUUUGGAUUUUCAUUUUGAAAACUGUUGAACCUUUUUUUAAUCAUAUUGGGCGGAGAAAAUGAUGUUAGGAAAAGGUCUUGUUCCCAUUUCUGUCGUUUGGCUGAGCAGAGAAGGAAAAAAUAGAGAAGACAGUUAUUGGUCAUUCGCAUGUUCCAACCCAAUUUCAUAGAUCAAACCUUGGAAGGAGUCGUCUUCAGCUUCUUGGCCUAGUGGCCAAGAAAGCCUUAAGAAGACACAGAGGCCCGGCCUCCCCCCCUCCCCUUUGCAAAAGGACAAAACCUUGGAAGGAGUCCUUGUGUGUGGCUGAAGCUACUUUGAAUCUUUAAGCAGUCAAAAAGGAAAUUGGUUUUUGAGCUAAUGACGACCACUUCCAAAAGAACAUAUUGGUUUGAAAAGCGUAAAUAGAAGAGUUUUCGGUUUUUUAUUUUAUUUUUUCUCAUCAAUUUAGGGACAGCAAAUUAACUCAAAAUCGUUGGGUGUAGGCCCAAUUUAAUCAUUUAGGGUCAAUUUUUUUAUUGAAAAAA